UAAUGAGCAAAGUAUGAGCUAAGUAACGCGGCAUUGGCCGCGACCCUACAGCAACGUGCAGCCUGUUUGACUAGCCUCCUAGGCUUUUUAGAUUCGAUCCCAAGUUUCUGGACUACUCAUCACUCUCUCCAUCGCAUUGAUCCCAAGUUUCCGGAGCUCUACUCAUCAUUCUCUCCAUCGCAUCGAUCAUUCCAUUCCACUCCAUAGCUUGGGUCGAUGAUGGUGAUCGAGCACAUAGAUCUGGUGGCCGAUGCGCUCAAGCUCGCCUAUCGCAUCGUGAGGAACUACCAGGAUGUCCCCAAGCAGAGAGGUAAAUGCCGGGAGCUGAUUGACCAGGUCUGUAGGCUGGCUGGCCUCCUCCAGGAGCUCCAAAACUCGCGAACGCCGCAAGCGCCACUCACCCCUCAGGCCAAGGCAUGCUUCGAGGGCCUCAACAAAUGCCUCGAGGACGCCUACAGGGUUUUGGAGAAGACAUCGAGGGCCAGCAUUCUCCGCUACAUUUUCAUGAGCAAGGAGGUUGACGAAGAUUUGAGCGUCGUGUCCGGCAGUAUAGAUGGCUUCCUCAAGUCCGUCCCGCUGGUGUGCUUGACGGUGACUGUAAGAAUACUAAGAACUGUGUGUUUGCAGAUCCAAUUCACGCAAGCAACGGCAAUCCAAGCCGACGUGAAGGAGCUGGCGAGCGCAUUCUCCAAGCUGAGCACGGAGCUCCAGCAUAAGAGCGCGUACACGCAAGAGCAGCAAGACCUUGCGGACGAGGUGUUGUCGAUAUUGCGGAGCAGGACUGAAGAUGAACAAGAGAGCACCUUGGACAAGCUUCUAGCGUGGCUCGCGGAGAAAUUCGAGUCGGACAUGGAGACCGUGCGCAGGGAAUGGCAGGACAUGAAGCGAUCGAAGAGCGAUUUGAUGACACAAGUCGGCACGACUUCUUCUUCCAAGCAAAGGAUUGAAGAAAAGCUCUUGGAGCAGAUCAUCUUCUGCAUCGACGAGCUCGAAGUUAAUGGCAAAGUCUUGGAGGUGGACGCGGCUGGCAUCCCAGGAGAGUUUCUUUGCUCCGUCUGUCACGACUUGAUGAAGCGACCGGUCCUCCUCACGUCCGGCCACUCCUACUGUAGGCACUGCAUCGAGCGGUGCUUUGGCAACGGUCCUGCCGUCUGUCCAAACUCGAGAGCUCUUGUGCAACCCGACUUGCUCAUCGACAACAUUGCCUUGCGAAAUGCCAUCGCCAGGUGGAAGCAAACAGCUUCUCCUGCGCACGCCGAGGAUGUUGACGAACCAGUUGUGGACGUGGUGGAGAGAAGCUACGACGAGGGCUUCGUUCUCCAGACGGUCUCGGAGCUCGAGUCCGACAACCAUAUCAAGCAGCUCAGGGCGCUCAACUGCCUGCUCGAAGUCGCGUCAUCCACAAGUGGAGCAGCAUCAAUCCUCAAGUCCGGAGGCACAGCACAGCUUGUAAAGCUGCUCAAGUCAUCCAGGAGAAUGGUGGUGGAGAAAACCGCAGCUAUUCUUGCGCUCAUGACUUCCAGACAAGCUACUGCCGAUGAUACAGGACAGGUUGUGAGCGAGAUCUUUGAGCACUGCUUGGAUCUGGUCACCACAGGAACGGGGACGGUUCGACUGAAAUCCGCCGAGACCAUCACCAACUUGCUAUCGAUUCCCGAGGCGACGGAGUUCCUCCUCUCUCAGGUGGGAAUUAUUUCAUCCUUCGCGGCACUGGCUACCGAGUCUGAAGAUGGCAUGGACAUUUCCCUUCGAUGCCUCCGGAAGCUAUCGAGAAACAAGGACGCAAGUUUUAGCGGUGACUCCUCUUUGGUAGCAUGUCUCCUCGAUCUUCUCAAGUCGGAGGAAGAUUGCAUCGUUCAAGAGUCGGUUCUGGCACUCAAGUCCGCAGUGUCUUCCGGAUCGUCUCGAGCUUGCGCGGUUUUGAAGAAGAAGAAUGCUGUAUCUCACCUGGUUCGCUGCGCAGCUUCAUUAUCCGGGGACUCUCAGGAAGCCGCAAUCACAGUACUGGAGCACUUUGCCAAGAACGAAGGCUUCAGUGACUUGGUCGAAGCGGGAUACCACAGAUUCAUCGUGCAGCUGGUUUCGGCAUUUCAUCCCUCGGACAACGCGCGUCUGCUCGCGAGCAUACUCCGUCUGUCGACCGGCUGUCUAGACUUGCAGCAGGACUGGAGUUUCGAACUUGGUGACGUGCAAAGGCUGACGUCUCGCCUCAUGGAUACGCUCCAAGUCAAGGACUGCACGGCCGAGGCGCUCGAGCUCCUCAAAACGCUGUGUUCCAAGGAUCCCGCAUGCAAGGAGCUUGUGGUCGAAAACGAUGGCGUCACAGUUCUGCUGGUGCUUGCAGUCUCGCCACGCUCAACGUGCAGGAAGGGAGCUCUUGCUGUGCUCACAACUCUCCUACGCUCGAGUGCAUGCCAGGAGGAGUUUUCCAGAGCUGGAGGGAUUGGAGUGCUUGGCAACACCAUACAGACAGAUGACAGUGCCGAGUGCGUCACGGAGGCUAUGAUAUCGCUGGGACUCUUGGCAGGCAACGGCAAGCUGAGGCAUCUGGCACUUAAGAGCUUGGAUCUUUACAAGCUCCUGUGCUGUUGCAUCGACGAGAACUUCCCCGAGCAGUGCAGAGAAUCAGCCGCGUCUCUUGCGCUGUGGUCACUGACCGAGAGGAGCGAUGUCAUAGUGUCGAAGCCAAGCCUCAAGCAGCUUGGCUACGUGCUACAGCAUGGCCGCAGCAAAACCAUCAGAACGAAGGUGGCGGAGAUAUUGCUGGUGCACGCUAGCAGAGGAGGAGAGGAGGGACUGGCAAGCCUGGGCGGAUCGAGCCGGCUCCAUCUCGUAGAGCUGGCGGAUGAAGCAGGAGAAACAUACAGAGAGCUGCUACUCUCCUUUGUGAGCCGCAGCAGACCAUGUACGCAGGAGGAGAUCCCGCUCCUCCUUGAAGCGUUCUCGAGGAGCGAGUACAUGGACGACGCGGUAGCAUCGAUCAGAAUGCUGGUGGAGAGCAGCACCUCGUCUCACUCGGUGCUUUUGGCAGCUGGUUUCGGACACACCGGCUUGGAAGCUCUCAAGUCUGGCCGCUGCGGGGAGCCAUGCAUUGACGAUAUCUCUGCGUCGCUGGUUCUUCUUUAUUCCUGCUGCAGCCAGCAGCAGUGCGAAGCGUCGCCGAAAUACGUCCAAGGGCUGAUGAAGCUCCUGACGAUGGAUGCCCCAGGCAGCGUGACAAGAGCAGCAGUGUGCUUACUCUCCUCUUUCGCCCACCCCGACAGUGCAUGCCUCCAGGGUCCGCUGAAAACUUCUUCGCACGCGAUCAAGCCGCUCUUGUCCGUGCUGCCACAGGCGAGGCUUGAGGCUCUGGAGUUGCUCUCCAUCGCCGUGGAGGAUUCUUCCCUGAAGGUAGAGCUUUACAGGCAAGGUGCCAUUCCAAAGCUGAUAGAGUGCCUUUCUCCGGACAACGAUCGGGUACAGGAGUUGGCAAUCUCCAUUCUCUUGAAAAUCGGUGCACUGAGCGAGGCCAUGGAAGGUAUCCGCGGCAGCAUGAUCUCCAACGGGAUCAUGGACCACUUGCUCGACAUCCUCCGGAAGACUGGCGAGAGAUCACAAGCCGCGGUCGUAAACAGUGCCUGUCUCAUCCGCAACCUCGCCCGCAGCCUUACUUCCGGAACCGAUAACGCACUCAGGACCUUGCUGGCCGUCUACAGGUUCUGCCUCACUAACAGCCCCCGGGAAGGCUACGUUGAGAGGAUAACGUACGUGAUCUCCGCUCUGGAGACGCUCACCGUUCCGGGCACUCAGCAACUGAAGCUGCUGCUGAGAGACAGCAUCCCCAUCCUCGUCAAGCCGCUGCAGGAAGACUACGCCAGCCAAGGUGACCCCGACGAGAAGAUCAAGAGGAGCGCCCUGGCAAUCCUGGCAAGCCUGUUGCAGGAAGCAAGCCUGUGCAAAGAAGUGCGCAGCAUGCUUCUCACCCGUGCCUCCGUGUUGGCCUUGAGGAAUAUCAUGGACAAGUCCGGCAGCAACGAGUGCAAGACGCGCGCUCUCAAUCUCUUGGCCAAGCUCAUGACCUCCGCCUCCAGCUUGAAGGAGGUAAGCAAGAUGAUGCGCGAGGAUGACUGCAUCAGCGUGGUGUUUAGACUCACGCAGCUACACGAGUGCUCCAUCCCUGCCACCAAGUUAAUCGAGUUGAUGAAGCAUGACAGGAGUACGAGAACUUACAUCGAGGGAAACUUGUUCCCAUGGCAAAGAACCACCUCGGCACCGGCAAUGAGCAGAGGUGUGUAGAAAAAGUAGACACAGUGUUGUACACUCCAAUGUGUAUAAACAAGAAUAUUU